GAUUUAUCUUCAAAACCCCAAAAAGACAAAACAAGGAUACACGUAAAAGCCGAAUAUUUUUGAAUUUGAAUUUCUAAAAGAUUAGAUUUGCAUAGUAAUUCUAAAUUAUGUCAUAAAUAAAUAUCAUCGAAAUCGUGGAACUGCCAGUGAGGAUUAGCAACCAAGAGAAUUCAACAGAGAAAUGCCGAAGCAGCGGUGGCGCAAGUCGUUUAAAUCCUUUAUAGAUCCUAGUAAAGACGAGCAGCUCAGAGGAAUCAAAACAGAAAUUGAUGGAAAUGUGCAGAAAAUCUUCAGUUUUCUGAAAGAAAAAGACGGAGAUGAUAGGAAAGAGGAGCUGGCAGAUUUAGUUCACGAUUUCCACAAACAGUUCGAGUCGCUUUACGCUCGUCAUGAUCAUCUAACUGGAGAAUUGAGGAAUAAGUUUCGCGGCAAGAGCGGGAGAGACAGUGCCUCGUCGAGCUCGGAUUCGUCGGAUUCCGAUGAUUCUCCGGCGAAAUCGGGAAAAAGAAACGGCGAAGUUGAAAUCAAUAUCGAGGAGAAGUCGUCCGUCUCCGAGCGGGAAGAAUUGGAGAGGAAAUUGGCGGCCGCCGUAGAUGAGAAGGAAGCAUUGCAUCAGGAAUAUCAGAGUUCUGUGAAGAGUAAAAGCGCCGAAGUCUCCUUGUUGCGAGAAGAAAAUGCGCAGCUGCAAUUUAGGAAUUCUGAGAUGGAGAAAGUGUUGACGGAGAAAGAGAGUGAAAUAUCCGAUUUGCAGAAGAAAUUUGGGGAAAGAGAGAGUGAAUCAUCUGGGAGGAUUUUGACAUUGACUGCAGAUGUGAACAAUCUCCGAGAGCAAUUAGGGUUUAUGAGUGAUCAGAAAAGUGAGGCAGAUAGGAUUAUUGAGAAACAGCGUGGAGAGAUAUCGGAGAUCUUGGUUCAGAUUGAGAAUUUGAAAGAGGAACUAUCGCUGGCUGAGACUCGGAACUCUGAAUUAGGGCACAAGAUAGUAGAACAGGAGAGAGAAAUGAGAGAACAGAGAGAUGAACUCUUGAGAUUGAGUGAAGAGCACAAGCAACUGGAAGUCCGGUUUAGGGACUGCCAUGAGAGUCUCAUGAUAUCAGAGAAGAAGACAGAGGAGAUCUCCGAUCAGUUCCGGGAAAGCAUGGCUGCGAAAAAUCAGGACAUCGAUCAGCUUGAAGAAACCAUAGAAGACCUAAAGUCGGAGUUGGAGAUCAAAGAGGAUGAAAUCAGUUCAUUGGUGGAGAACAUGAGAGCUACUGAGGUUAAGCAACGGCUGUCAGGUCAGAAGCUCCGGAUCACAGAGCAGGUAUUGAGUGAGAAGGAAGAGAUCCACCAGAAGAGAGUUGAGAAGUUGCAGGAAGAGCACAAGUUGCUCGAAGAGAGGAUUGCUUCGUUGGCUGGGAUAGUUUCGAUCUACAAGGAAGCUCAACUGAAUUUGGUUGCAGAAAUCUCUGAGAAGAUGAAUCAGACCUUGAAUGUGAUUGACACAUUUAGUGUGAAGUUUGAGGAGGACUACGGCCACUUGGAGUCGCGGGUUUAUGAAAUCGGGAAUGAGCUCAAGGUUGUGGUGAACUGGGUCAGUGGGAACAAUGCUGAGAAGGAUGAGAUGAAGAAGGAGAUUAUGAGCUUAGUUCAGCAAGUGCUGGUGUUGACAGAGAAGGUUGAGGAGGUGGAGAUGACACUGCAGAAGAACGAGGAGGAGAGGAAAAGCCUAACUGAGAUGGUGAGGCAGCACGAGGAGAAGGCGAAAGAGUUGAAGAUGAUGAUAGAAGAGAGGGAUGAGAAGGUGGGGGAAUUGGAGAGGAAGAUGAAUGAGAAAGAUAGUGGUAUGUUGAGUCUGAGUGAGGAGAAGAGAGAGGCAAUAAGGCAGUUGUGCAUUUGGAUCGAUUUUCACCAUGAUCGAUACGUAGAUCUCAAAGAGAUGAUGUUGAAGAGGAGGGGUGGAACAAGGCAGAUUGCUGCUUGAUGUUCCAAAGGUAGAUAUUGAAUAUUGCUAUGAUGUGAUUGUUUUUUUGCAUCUGUUUCUGGGUUUGGAGUUUUGGUGGAUGGUAAAAUUGCUUGUUUUGUGUCAACAUUUGAUUGUUUGUGUUAUGAGCUGUGUUCUUUAUUACAAGUAUAUGGUGUAUAGGAAAACAUUCUGGUACUAUUAGUUAGUUGGAAUUUUUUGUGUAGCAAUUUUUAUUUUUCUUGGUCUUGGAUUGAAUUUAUUGAGGGAUCUUUUCUUUUUCA